CCGCCAGGCUCGUCUGUGUGACUCAUACUUAUUUCGAUCCAAUAGCUACACAUGAUAUCUGUCCAUUCGUCGCCUGCUUUGCAUUGACCAUCUUGAUGCGAGCGCGAGGAAGCCUGGCUACGAAAGUUGGAAGAAGAGCUCAUUGCGCUCGGCGACCUGGACCGAGGGGCCGUGCACGGGUGUUGGUCUGGGCGUGCGUCGAGCGCAGCCAACGCGGGAGAUCAGUCGUUCGUUCAGGCACGAUCCGCACAUUGACUUUCUACCAAUCACACCAUCAAGAGCUGUUCCUCGACGAUGCUGGCGGGCUGUGCUGUUGUGGCCGCCGAACAGGGCAGACGAGCUCUCAGCUCCUGGGUCGCUUCGCACCACCCACUUCUCCCCUCAUCUGCUCAACUACCCACCCCUCCCUACUAACUCAACCUCAACCGCUAAACAAGCCACUGUGCACCAAACAUCAAGACCCUGCGCCCAGAAGCUUCAUUAUCAAGCCCCUGGGCGCAGACUUGCCUAGCUCCCUGAACCUCUCAUCGCGCAGUCAUCUAGCCUCAGCGUUCCCCCGCCCAUAGCCAUCAUCUUCGCCUCGUCUGCCAGAGCACGGCAACGGACAGUAUCGGCGACGCUGCCCACUCAUUGUCUCGUCGACACUAUAGGCUAUCUCUCACAACUGAGCUCUGCUAU